GCUGGUGCCGGUGAUCAGAGAAGAGAACGUCAAAGACGUUUUGCAUAUAAUUAAGCAUUAACAUAAACUGCAGAGAUUUCCAAGUUACAUAUUUUAAUAAAGCAGAGAGGCAGAAAAGAUACUUCAACAGCGAAAUGGCCAGCAAUAAGAGUCCAAUGACUGAUAUAUCUAAAGAAGCCUGGAUGAACAGACUACAAGGACUUCAUAUUACAAGGGGUGACAUGAACAAAUUAGUGAUGAAUUAUCUAGUCACAGAGGGGUUCAAGGAGGCUGCCGAACGAUUCCAAUCCGAGUCCAGUACUAAACCCAUGACAGAUCUAGAUACACUGAAUGAAAGGAUACAGAUAAGAGAAGCAAUCCAAGAUGGCCAUAUUGAAGAUGCUAUAGCAAAGGUCAAUGACCUUCAUCCAGAACUACUAGAUAAUGACAGAUAUCUCUACUUUCAUUUACAGCAACAACAUCUAAUAGAGCUGAUACGUAACAAGGACUUGGAGGGUGCACUAACGUAUGCGCAGACGCAUCUAUCGGAGAGGGGAGAGGAGAGUAUGGAAGUAUUGCCGGAACUAGAGAGAACGUUAGCGUUGCUUGCGUUUGAAGACCCAGCGUGCUCACCUUUUUCUGAUCUUCUUCAUCCUUCACAAAGACAAAAGGUCGCAAGUGAGUUGAAUGCAGCCAUUUUGGAAGCCGAGAAUCGGGAAUCGACUCCCAAACUAACCAACCUCCUCAAACUAUUGCUCUGGUCACAGGAGCAGCUGGAUGCUAAGAAGGUCAAGUUUCCAAAGCUUAAAAACCUUGCCUCAGGGGAAUUUGAAGAUCCUAAAUAGACUCUUUGAAGACACUACAAUCCUAUAUUUAUAUUCCAUGAGAAACGAUCAACUGUUCAGCAGGAAUUUAUAAAAGGCUGAAUGAUCAGCGGUGGAUUUCUCCAACAAUUAGAUAUUGUGCUAUUUUUUUCCUUUGUGGAAGUGAAAAACUCUGAUGAACAAAAAACAAUCCUGCAUAAAUGAAUACUACUUUGUAUGUAACUUAAUUAACUUAGUUGACAGAGAAGACAGAAGUUUGUGUAUUAUUUGAUUAUUUGUUGUUUUAUAUGCAAUUAUUUCCACGCUGAAAUUUUGCAAGAAAAAACAUCAUAAAAUUACUUGUAUAUGCAUUUUCUGUUACCUAUAACAACUGAAAAAGAAAUCACUCUUCAGUGGAUAUCAUCUGUGAUCCUUUACAAAGACUGCUGGUCAGAUCAAUUUACAUGUAUUAAGGAUUAUUUCAUUCUGGGACUGGUCAAGAAAAAAAAAGCAGGAGUGUUACCUAGUGUUUAUUUAUUUUUUUAAAUAGAAAUAACAGGUUCAAGGCAUAGUAAAAGCUUCAUUUCUUUUCUUAAAAUUUUUGCUCAUUUUCUACAGCUUAAUAUUAUUAUCUUGAAACAGGAGUAGACAGAAGCCUGUUUCUUGAAUCAUGUUGUACACCACCUGAAUUGUUAUACGCAAGCUAAUGAGAGGCUGAUUGCCCAACAUUUGUACCAUCACACACGUACCAUCCUAAAUGCACCAUUGCAUGGUUACGUUUCAUCAUAAGAAGAUUCAAUUCAUUGUGCUCAAUUAAUAAUAAUAAUUGGUAUUUAUAUAGCGCUUUAUCAAUCUACGACUGUUCAGAGCGCUUUACAAUUUGUAUU